AUGGCUUUGAAUAUUACGGUUGAAUUUCUAGGGGGUCUAGACGUCACCUUUAAUAAACAACGUGUCUGGCAAUUGUCUGUUCCCAUUCCACAAGACAAAGGCCAAGUCACUAUGGAGGACCUUAUAAACUACAUUGUGAAUACCAUGAUUGCAGACAAGAAUAGUGUGGGCGACUUUGUCGAAGAUGGUACUGUCAGACCAGGAAUCCUGACUUUGAUUAACGAUACUGAUUGGGAACUGGAGGGUGAAGGCGCAUACGUCCUAGAGAAGGGCGACGUAAUCUCUUUCACCUCCACCCUGCAUGGUGGUUGA